GUAAUUCAUUGGUAUUUUGUUGAACUGUUGAUAUCUAUUGGCUCAGCCACUAAUUAAUUAGUUGAAUAUUCGUAGUUAGAUUAAUCUUGUACAAGAUACUAGGGUUUUGGAGUGUUGAAUAUCAAUCUAUAAGAGCCUUAACUUUGAAAGGGGUUUAAUUUAUGAAUUUUUUUUUAACAGAAAAAUGUCGGAAAUUCCGGUGCUAGGGCGUAUGCGGCGGCUCAAUAACAUGAUUGAAUCCUUCAAAGAAGGAAUGGGUACGGCUAUCGGGGAGUUGGCCAUGCAAGCGUUACUAAACCACCCGUACCCUCCAGGGUGUGGCGGGGUUCGAAUCCCGGACGAAAUUGAAAAGGAUGAAAAGCUUGCUAGAUUGUGGCCUCAAAUAGAGCAACACAUUUUAGAGUGGCGUAAGUUAGUCUACUUGAUGGGUUACGUAAUGAGGACCCACAUCGAAGAAAUUACCAACCCUAGUUUAGAGUUACUUAUUGACAAUGCCGAGAAAGCAUUGCCUUUUGAGCAAACAAAUCCUCGCGUAAAACGAGUCCGGGAUGCCACUAAGAUCCUCGUACAACAAUCCAUGCGUUUGGACAAACUAGUCAGGGCUUACGAGGACCAAGCCACAGCUUAUGCUCAAGAAAACAACGAUCUCGAUACUAUGGAAUGGUAUGGGAAGAAUGCGAGUAGGUAUUUGCCAAGCCCUUCGGUAAUGAUUGAAAAGCUACAACGGGAGCCGAACGAGAUUGCGGCGAUCUUAUCACCAUUGAUUAACAUGGAUGGUAAGCAAGUCCUGCAUCAUGAGCCCAAAGUAGCAGCAAAUAUAGAUUGGGGAUGUAACGCCAUCUGGAAAAUAAGGAUGGCGUCGUCGUCUUUACUCUCAACGCCGCCAUCUGGAAAAUAAGGACGACGUAGUUAUCUUUUCAUCUUUGACUAGCUAGACAUAUUACUUUCUCUCUCUCUCUCUCUCUCUCUCGAAAUGAUUUGCGUGUACGUGGAUCAGAUGAUCG